UCCAAAGCUCCAGUAAUCAUCAAACAAGAAGAAGAAGACAGUCACUGGUGAACUGUUACCUGAAAGAUAAAUAAUACCCAACCGUGCUCUUCUGCUGUGGCCUGUGGAAAUCAGUGUAGGUCCAACUGCUACUAUGGCACUCUGCUCCCAAAAUUCUGCCCUGGCUGUUUCUAGCCAAGAGUUUGACUAUGGCUCAACCAAUGGUCCGAGCGUAGGGGCUGACAGUUUGAUGCUGAGAGCUCCUAUGACAACUAGAAAAAUGCAUCCUGUUGAAUCUUCUGAACGCACUUAUCAGGAGAGACAAGAAAAACUCGAGCUCCAAAUGGCAACUCGUACUUUUGGUCUUGGAUUUGCAAUGCAUCGACGACAUGAGAGAGCUGCAGCCGGCUUCGCGGGCAUUGGUCACUUGAACGGCGUGCUGCCGCGCUCGAACGCCAUGCACGACGCUCUCACAGCACGCGACGUCGAGAUCGACUUCUCAGACACCCUCGCCCUGGACGUGUUCUCUCAAAGGUCCCCUCACGAGCUCAUGGAACGAGCGCUUACGGGAAAAUUCUAAUGCAUUAGAAUUUCAUUAUUAAUAUAGCUUACCACAAGGAUUCAAUAAAAUUCCAACAUCG